CACACACACAUACCGCCCUCUGGUGGUAAAUCUUUCUAAACUGUAAGAGGCCAACCAGGUUUUUUGGGUAAUUUCAAUCAUAAUCAGAGCAGAUGCUUGGAUGUUUAUUUAUUUAUUUAGUUAUUUGUUUGUUAGGAAAAUAUAUAUUUAUUUAAGUUUUCAAAACCAAUAAAAUAAACUUCAUGUUUCAGUUUAUAGAGCAAUUAAACAAUUAUUAAUUAUUUUUCUUCUAAUUUUUUUAAAUCUGGGAAUUGUUCAUUCAAAAACUUUUUAACGGCGAUUUUUAAGACUCGUUGGUAACGUUCGGCUGUCUUCAGUUCACACCUGUGCGUAAAGUUUACUGAGCAAACGCUCCCUUGUGAAUGGGAUGGACCACGGCAAGGCAUGGGUUAAAAUUUACUCCAAGAACUUCAGCUUUAUUAAAGUGACUGAAGAAUUAGACAGAAAAGAGCUCCGACCUUCCCCUCUCUCCCAUCCGUGAGUCUGUUUGACAAUUGGCACGUUCCACGUUGGAUGUGAGCGCGCAUCAUCCUUUUUCAUCCGCCUUCAUCCACCGCUGUGCGCAUUUCUUAAUAAUUGUUGAGUAAAGGGUUUAUUGUCAUGGAAAAACGGUCUCUUCUAUUUUAUUUUCUCCAAGGACUUCUACCCUUCAUCUAUGGGCAGCAGCGCACAGCUGGCCCCUGGAGGCACCGCGUUCAGUGGGAGAACAACGGCCAAGUCUACAGCUUAUUGAGCACUGGUUCACAGUACCACACUCCGGUUCAGUCAAAUUUCCAUGUGAGCGGUAGUAGGGAUGGCACGACCAACAAAGAACUGGGGGCGCACAGGAGAGCCGGGCAGGCUGAAGGGAGAUAUUUCAGGGCCGAUCAGCCAAGUAAUGGUGCACCAGGACGCGAUGUUACACAGCAAGCACCCGUUAAUGGUGGUGCGUCGGGGAGCAGACAGCAGAAUGUGCGCCCUCAUGGAACAGGAUCUGUGCGCUCCAGUUCUGAAGACACAAACUCCUCUUCUUCAGGGGGUUUAACAAGCGUAUUGGGCGCGAGGGAAGCUGCGUAUCGCGUUGUUUUAAACAGAGAUUAUGAAUCUGGACUUGGUGCGCAAAACCAGCCUUUACGCGCGGUGGCGGCGCGGAUGUUGGUCUCCAGGCAACGCGCUCAAGCUCCCUUUCCUGCAUUUAAUCUGGAUGCUUCUACAGAUGAUGAGAACAUGGUUAAUGACGACCCUCGAAUUCCGUUUAAGAGCCACGGGAACUCUCUUUUUUACAACAUGAAUCCCGGAGGAAGAUCGGUGACGCGCUCACACCGCCUGCCUGCUGCAGGGUUUGGCACAAGUUAUUUCCAAAACGGACUGCCAGACCUCCUCCCAGACCCGUAUGCCAUCCAGGCAGGUGCUUACAUCCAACGCAUGCAGAUGUAUGCCCUCCGCUGUGCUGCAGAAGAAAACUGUUUGGCCAGGUCAGCUUACGCACCCACCAUACGGGACAUUGAUUUCAGAGUCCUCCUGCGAUUCCCACAGAAAGUGAAGAACCAAGGAACCGCAGACUUCCUCCCUGUCAAGCCCAGAUACCAGUGGGACUGGCACAGCUGUCACCAGCACUACCACAGCAUGGACGCCUUCAGUAACUACGAUCUGCUGGACAUCGUAACAGGACGUAAAGUAGCUGAGGGACAUAAGGCCAGUUUCUGUCUCGAGGACACAGGCUGUGAUCAUGGAUUCAGACGGCGCUAUGCCUGCACAUCUCAUACUCAGGGCCUGAGCCCUGGUUGCCAUGACACUUAUGCUGCCAACAUCGACUGUCAGUGGAUCGACAUCACCGACGUUCCUCCAGGAAACUACAUCUUAAAGAUCACAGUUAAUCCCAAUUUCCUCAUCCUGGAAUCUGAUUUCACAAACAACAUUGUUAAAUGUGAAAUCACCUACACGGGGCUUUAUGUUCAGACACGAAACUGUCGAAUUUCAAGGGUCUAAUACUUUCAACGGCUUGAUUUUCACUUGUUGGAGUUUUGAAUAAGGACAACUGGACUCAUUUGGUUCCUUGAAGAUGUUUCACUUCUUUUCUGAGGAAUAGGUUUUUGGAAUUUCAGAUACAUCAGAGAAUAUGGUGACCUUCAAAUUCCUGACCUAAAACAAUAAAUUCUGGAAAAGAUUUUCAUUUUUUUGAGUUUUGCUAAAUGUGUAACAUUUGCAUUAACAUUGUUAGAAAAUGGAAAAAUCCAACAACUGAACUGAAAAAAAUCCCAGUUUCCAACAACCUGAAUGCAACAUGAAGUGGGCUUGAAUGACAUCCUGGAAAACAUGCAGCAGACGGUGUAUAUGCUGGUAAAGAUACAUGCUGUAUAUGCUGUACAGAUGCUGUGUAUUUAUAACAAAAAGAGGCCUGAUUUGGCAUUGUAAACCAGCGAAGCAGGGCGUUUUAACACUACUGAAAUAGUUUGGAAGUGGUCAUUGUGCCUCCCUGCCAGAAUAGAUUGUGUAUGUUUUUAAAAAUGUCUGGAAAAUUCCCCCUCGCUGGGAUUUAGCAGACUUCGUUUCCAUCUGUCUUGGACUUCUAGAGAUAAUAUUUACAGACAGUGACUCUUUAAGCAUCUGAUUUUUUUAACUGAGGAUCUACAUCUAUGGACAAAUAAAUAGUCUGCAGCCA